AUGGUCGUUCCUCAAUUCUACGGUCACGUCCGUCGCUUGAUCAACCACCCUGAAGCCGCCUGGAUUGUCGACGAUAUCUAUCGUCAAGUCGCCACCUCUUCACAAAAGGCCCUCAUGCUCCGCGAAUGGUACGGUGCCGAGUACGCCAUCUUCGGCAAGACCAAGGCUGCGCAAGGUCAGACUGACGAGAAGGCCACGGCCGAUCUCAAGGCCAUUCUGGAGGAGAGCCCCGAAAAGAAGAAGCCCAUGAUGCAAUACCUCCAACAACUCAUCAAUCAGCUUGUCCAAAAGAAGAUGACCGGUUUCACUAUGCUGCAUGACGCCAUGCUCCAAUACUUCCUCAACACAACCCCUGGCACUCCUGAGGCCGCCGAGUUCCUUGAACUGCUCAAAUCAGAUCUGGACGAGGAGAAUGGUGGUGAUCUUCUCAAGAACUUGGCUUUCACAAAGAACGGUAGCCGUGUCGUGUGUCUGGCUCUUGGUUACGGAACCGCAAAGGACCGCAAGCUCAUUCUGCGUGUUUACAAGGAUGCCGUCGAGAUGAUGGCUCUGGACCCCAACGCACACACUGUUCUACUUGCCGCCAUGGAUACCGUUGACGACACAAAGAUGACCGCCAAGGCUCUGUUCCCAGAGUUGCUGGGAGAGAACAUCAAGGAUGAAGCCGAACGUGAGAAUCGUCUUGUUGAUCUCAUCUCUCACCUGACAGCCCGUAUCCCGCUACUUUACCCUCUUGCUGGACAAGCCAAGUGGUUGGUCUCUGACGUUCAGAAGAACAUCAUUUCCGAGGUACACUCCGUCCGUGAGGUCACCUCCAAGAAGAACCCCGAGAUCCGUCGUUCGGAACUUAUUGCAUACAUGUCGCCCUACUUGCUUCCUAUUAUUCAGAGCCGCGCCGCCGAUCUCGCAAGUGUUGGAUUCGGUUGUCAAUACAUUAGUGAGGUUCUCCUAGAGGCUCAAGGCGACAAGAAGGCAGCUUGCGAGGCUGUUAUUGCUUUGACCGAGGGCGACGUGGCUUCAGAAGGACAUAUUGCACAAAACGCAGCUGGCGGCAAGAUGCUGCGAGCAUUGGUCAGUGGUGGCAAGUUCGAUCCCGAGACAAAGACAGUGAAGUUGGUUGAGCCUCGUCUUGGAUUCGGCGAUAUGCUGUUCAAGUCACUCAAGGGCAAGUUCGUCGAAUGGGCAACGAGCCCUUCAAGUUUCGUCGUUGUACAAUUGCUCGAGAGUGAAGACGUCAGCGAUGCCAACAAGAAGGUUGUUCGCGACGAGCUUUUGAAGGGCAAGAAAAUUUUGGAGAAGGCAGCCAAGGGCGAGAACGCUCCUUCGAAGAAGGCACCCGUCGAGUCAGACGAUCAACAAAGCAAAAAGAAGAAGAAGACGAAUGAUGGGCCGAAGGGCAACGCAGGUGCAAAAAUUCUGCUCGAGAAGCUGAGCAAAUGA